AUGACUUCGAUCGAGGAUUUGAUCUCAGUGACAUUUGAAAAUGGAGACAAACCAGAACCCUUGGAGAAAGUCCUUCGCCCAUCGACAUUUUUUUCAUGGAUUCUGGGUGUUGGUAUCGCAAGACCCCUGAAGUCCUCAAAGUUCUCGACUUUCUUUCUUCGUUUUAUCAAUUUCGGGAUUUGCUCGUCGAUCGUGGCAUACGGUGCCAUCGACUUCUUCUUCUUCGGGAGUGUCUUCAAGAGUGACACUUUCAAGAUAAUGUACUACAUGAAUAAAGUUGCUUGUUACAUAUCCUCGUAUUACUACGUAUUCCACGGACUUGUGCAAUACAAAAAGUGGCCAAUUUUAAUGGAGAGAAUUGCCAAUAUCGACAAAAAAAUGAUGCACUGCGGACUCGAGUGUAAUAAUAAAUCAAUCAGACGUUUUCAAAUUUUCACAAUCAUCAUGACAUGUCUCCUAGGCCCGGCAUCUCUCAUUUCUCAUGCCCUUUACUACCUGUACACUCGCCCCGAGGAGAUUUUUGCAUCCGAUCUUCUGUUAUAUCACACUAUCAGUCAGUCGCUGUGUGUUAAUUUUGAGUUUAAUUUACUUGUCUUCGGAGUUUACACGAGAUUCAAGGAGAUAAAUCGAGGGAUUCGUCGCAGUGGAGAGCAGAUCAGUGCUGGGAGGAUCAUCGCAGAGAUUCGAAAGACCCGAGAUGUUCAUCAUGGUCUUUGUUCUCUUGUGAGGUACAUUAACAGCAUCCACGGUGUGCAUCUUCUCCUGAGCUCUCUCAAUUCAUUCACAAUGGUCGUAGCGACUCUGUUCCGGAUAUAUAUGGGUGUAGUCGAGGGAAUAGACAAGUUUAUGAUGAUAAACAACGUCAUCUGGCUGACUUACACAGCGCAAUUUGCAUUGACUUGCUUCAUCUGCACUUGGGCAUUCAGGGAGUCAUCAAAAACAGGAAUUAUAAUCCACGACAUUGUACUGAGGAGACUGCCGAAAGGGCCGAGACCCUGCGAUUUGUAUUCAGUGGACAUAACGAGAGCCUCUGAGGAUCCCGAACUUGCCCUUCGCAACGAAAUCAACGAUUUCUCAGCCCAACUGGACCAUUGUAGCAUCGCAUUUAGUGCGUGUGAAUUUUUCACAAUGAAUAAUAACCUUCUGACAAAUUUCGUCGGAGUCAUCACCACUUAUCUGAUAAUCCUGAUGCAGUUUUAUAUGCCUGAGAAUUGUCAUGCCGAUAUGAACACGACACCAUCUGUGGAGCUGUAG